UAAAUAUAUACGUUUCUUUUUUUAAAACGAGGCUUCAACGAAUCAUACAUACACUCACUUCACUGUCACUUCCUGUUAGGGCAUAUGGCAAAGAGAAACUGGUCACAAAUGAGCUGUUUAUUAGCCAAAAGACCCAUUUCUUUGCGAUCAAAGUCGGCUAACAUUAGCUAGCUUGCUAACGUAAAAAGACAUUUUCAGACAUAAGGCAGCUCCAUGAAAAAUGAAGCGCACGGGGAGGAGACGGAGCUCUGUGUGGGACUGCUUUGAACAAGUGGGGAACUACGUCCGCUGCAUGAAAUGUGACGCUACAUUGAAGUACUGCGGCGGAGCCACCAGCACCAUGAUGAACCACAUGAGCAGGCACCAUCCGUCCACUGCACCGCUGGACGAAGACGAGAAACCGGUGAUUUGUACCGUGCAGUGCAUCGAGGAGGAGAGCUCCGCUAAUUCUGACACCAUGCAGGUUGCUAUCAUGUCACCCAACACAAACAUGCCUGCAAAUCUCCCCGAGCGUGAGUAUGGAGAGAGGAAGCGCCUGAAGCGGAGCUCUGUGUGGGACAUUUUCAUCAAAGUGGACGACGAGGUGCACUGCACGAUCUGCGACACGAAGCUUAAAUACAGGAGCAGCACCACCAGCAUGAUGUACCACAUCAAAAACAAGCACCCAGACACCAUACCUAAUGAUGGUGUGUCACUUGCAACACACGCAGAGGUGACUGAACUUAUUUCCAGAAUGAUAGAGAAAGACAUGCUUCCCAUCAGCGUAAUUAGUGGUGAUGGUUUUCGUGAGCUCCUUGCAUACACUGUGCAUAAUUAUAAAAUGCCCUCUGCUGGCGACAUUACGCGACUAAUUGAAGGCCAUUUCCAUGAAAAGGUGGAGGAGCUUGUAGUGCAGCUGGGUAGAGUGGAGAAAGUUGCUCUCACUGCUGACUUCUGGACAGGCCUCCCAUCUCAGAGAUACAUUACAGUUUUCUGUUCAUUCAUAACAGAGGACUGGCAGGGGAGGUCAGCUGUGCUGCAGACACACAAGCUACCAUCAGACAGCCACACCACUAUAGACAGCGCCACAGAGAGGCUUCUUAACACUGUGCAGACCUGGGGCAUUGCUGGGAAAGUGACUGCAUGUAUUCAUAACAACAUACAGGGCAUCUUGUCAGCCCAUUCAUGUGCCCGUGUCACCUGGGACAAUGCCACUUGCUUUGCCACUACAUUGCAGCAAGCAGUCAGCGAUGGGCUUAGUGAGGAUCUACUCCGCAUCAUUGUUGCUGCAGGGAAACUAGUCAAGCAUUUCAAUCACAAUUUGCUGGCAAGCGAGGCCUUGGAGCAGAAGCGGGUUCAGAUGUGCCUGCCACAGCACAAGCUCGUCCAGUCGAGCAAAGCUAGAUGGGACACGAUCUGCGAUAUGUUUGAACGGUUACUUGAACAACGGUGGGCAAUUAAAGCUGUGCUCUCUGAUCGCUCAAUCACCACCAGGCAAGAAGCCCAGAUCCUUGAGAUUGAAGACGAUUACUGGCAAAUAAUUGAGAAUUUCACACCCGUGCUGGCAACACUGAAAUGGGCAACGACAGUCAUAUCUGCUGAAACAGAAGUGUCCAUUUCAAACAUCUACCCAAUCACGUUCAGCCUCAUUCAGACCCACCUUGUGCCAAAAGAGAAUGAUGUUGAACAAGUCUCAGAAUUCAAGCUGAAAGUUCAGAAGUCACUUAGAAAUCACAUGGAGGUUGACUCUAAUGACCUAGCCUCCAAACCAGCUCUGGUUGCCUCUAUGCUGGACCCCCGUCACAAACAUCUCAGCUUCCUUACGCCAACGGGGAGACUGGCUGCAAAGGUUAAACUGCAUGAACUGGUUUCAAAGUUAGAUGCGAUAACUACUAUUGUGGGCCCAAAGGAUGAACAGCAGGAGAUCCUGGUCACACCUGAUAUCAGCCAGGUGGCUACGCCUUCACAACUGAGAAGCGACACCAAAAACACCAUGAUGUUGCUUCUCGGAGACAACUACAGUUCCUCCUAUGCCACAGACUCAGAGGCUCAGGUAGAUUACUACUUGAGAGACAUUGCUCCCUCAUUGGACAUAAACCCGCUGGACUGGUGGAGGGUUAAUGGACCAAGAUUCCCCAAACUGGCCACUCUGGCAAGACACUAUUUGUGUGUACCUGGGGUAUCGCUGCCAUCUUUAUUGUCAGAGGCUGGACAAACAUUUGCAUCAAUGCGUACAAGACUGAGUCCAGAGCAUGUCGACAUGAUGAUCUUUGUAAACAGAAAUGCAUAACUUGCAUGACUUCUUUCAACGGAAUAUGGUUACUGUAGGGCAGUGGGGGCAAGAGGCAGAAGUAGAUGCCUUGACUGGAUAUUAAAUGAGUAAAGACAGAUAAGGAGAUGCAGAUAGUCUACCACUGUUAAUAUGUUGUAUAUGCUGCUGGUACAAAUAAUGUUAAAAACUCCUUUAAAAAAAACAACAACAAAAAGAAAGCUGAACCAUACCUACUGAAAUAUACCUAAAUGAAAUUCACAACAUUAAACAGUAAUUUCCUUCAUCAACCCAUUUUUCCUGAUGGCUGACACUCCUGGGGCUUGUUUCAUGAAGCAAGUUUACCAAAUAAGCCAGUCUUACUUUGUUUAGUCUAACUAAUUUUUAAUUGAUUUGACUGCACAAAGCAAAUUCAACAUAGUUUAAGCCCAUUUACUAUGGCAUCUUAUGCUGGGAAACUAGUUGAAUUUACUUUAUGGAACCACAUCAACUAAAAAUGUGUCAGACUAACCUAACCUGGCUUGUGCACAUGUGGUUACUACAAAUUCUUAGCAAUCAACAUCCUAACAGUGUAACUUUUACACUAAAACAGGUAUUUUGUACAUAGUCAUUACAGAGACAUAUUUACAUAAUUUAUUUACAGUACAGUAGUCCAAAUCAGGACACAAUUAAUUAAGAAAAGUCACUUAUCAUGACGGCAUAAUAAAUAUUUGUAUUAUCAUUACAGCUAGAAUCUCACCGACCAAACUAACCACCUUAUUAGUCAUAGUGUUAUUGUAUUGUCUGUUGUGUCUCUCAGUAUACGGUGACAAAGAUAAAAUACAUACAGCUGUAGCAGGUGUGUGAUGAUCUGUCUGGGAACUAGUUGUUUUUGGCACAUGCUCGUUCCAUCCCACAGCACAGCCUCGGUGAUGGCACCAUCCUGGAAGCGACGCAGCUCGGAGCGAGAGCCCCACAGCUGACGAAACUCAGCCGCCUAGCAGAAGAACACUGCUGUUGUUAAUAAUGAAUCGUCCUACAAUCAUGGUAACGCAUAAAUGAUAACAUAAUAAAGCCUA